CUGUCGUGGUGGACCGAACCGACCGGGGGCGCGCGACAGGGACGCGACCGCACGCUCAACCUCCGGCCGGAGUCGAAAUAGUGGUGCGGUGGGUACGGGUGCGACCGGUGAGCGUCUCGGUGCGCGCACGUCCACCUCCGCUUCCUCCGAGUCCGAUCUACGGUUCUUCCUCUACAUGUACGAGGUGAAGAAGAUGCGCGACAUUUAUGGGCGCGUAACGAGCGCCCUGGAGGUGCUGCUGCACAAGAAGGGUGUGUUUAACGAGAUGAACCUGCUGCACCAGCACCAGACGGUCCGGCGCAAUCUCGACCAGCUGGCGGUUGAGGUGCCGGCCGCGAUCGGUCAGCUCGAGGAGCUUUGCGACACGAUCGACGAGAAGAUCGGCUGGAAGGAGUUCAAGUUUUGCUUCAAGUUCCUCACCAGCCAAGUGAACGGAAUCAUGUCGAAGCUGCUGGAGCACAAGUCGGCCUUAAACGAUGCCAUGCUUUACGUCUCGACCCUGGUGCAGAAGGAGGCGUUCACGUACGCGCUGGUCGAACUGGGGUUGCUGGACCGGCGCAGUGUCGAUCCGGGGCUGUUGCAGGAGUGUGCCCAGCGGCGAAGCGCGGUCCGGUCGAGCGCCCAGCGGCGAUUCGAGUACGCGAGCGUCAAGGUGAACCUAGUGCAGAACCUGUGCGAACCACCGACCGCUGCCCACAGCAGUCUGUCGAAGAACGCACUGAAGCUGCUCCACUCCGGCCAGCUAGCUGACAUGGAGUUCGAGGUAGUUGUGCCGCCACCGUCUGCUGAUCAGCACGGCGGCGACCAAACCGACGGCACCACCGUCAGCACGACGACGACGACGACGACGACGACGACCAGCGACUACAGUCCCGACGGCCUACGGUUGAAGGCUGGGUCCGGGCUGGUGCGUGGUGGUUCCCAGUCGCACUGCUUCAAGGCGCACCGCGUGAUGGUGGCGGCCCGUUGCGAUUGGUUCCGGAAGGCGCUACUGUCGGGCAUGCAGGAGGACAUCAACCGCAAGAUCGCCAUCUACGAUACCUCGCCUGUGAUAUUCCGGCGGUUGCUCCUUUACCUGUACGGUGCACCGGUCGACAAGUCGGUCGGUGUAGAUCAGUUGUGCGAGCUGAUGCUGCUGGCCGAUCGCUACUCGGUCGACAACCUGAAGGCAAUCUGCGAGGAGACGCUGGUGGCAACGAUCGACGGUGAGUCGGUCAUCUACUUGUACGGCAUCUCGGAUCGCUUCAAUGCGGCCGCCCUGCAGGCGAGCUGCCUCUCCUACCUGUCGCAGCACACCGAGCUCACCCAGCUCGACAUCUUCCAGGAGCUGCCCGUGUACCUGCAGAACGAGGUACACGAGCUGAUCAGGUGGUGCGGGCGGGUACCGGAACCGUGGUGUGAUCGAACCGAACGGUCCCGUUCCGAUCGGACGCGUCACAGCCUCAAGAGCCCGUCGAAGAGUUCGUCCCGGUCGUCCCAUUCGUCGCGCAAAACCUCCCCCUCCUUCAUGUGACCGUGAAUUGCGUUCUGAGGAGUGCUGUGAAUGAUCGGAUCGGUCCGUCGAUCCAUGAAUCCUCCGUCGUCAUCUGGGCGUUCUGGCAGCUCUUAGAUAGAAGAAAUAUAAUUCCUGUGCUGGUGCAGAACGUACCGUGGGCGAUGGUGAUGGACAGUUACGAGGGGAUGGUGUAUGAGGCGGGAAGGAGGAGAGACCGGGUGGUCCCGAUUAUCUGUAGCUAGGAAUGAAUCAAUCCAAUGCAGCCUGGCAGUGGCGAUGUUCUUUGGUGAAGUCCACUUGCAGGGAGGGAGGGAGAAAGGGAACGAGAAAGA